CACUACACAUACAACCGGAAUAAGACUAUUUCAUUUCCCGUGAAUAUUUUGCUUCCAACGGGUACACUACUCUGGGAGUCAAGAAGCAAUUAACAACGACUGCUUUUGUUUUUUUGCAUCCCUAAUACAUAGACACUCUCCGUGUCAGUACAAACAUGUCGCACACAAUUUUGCUAGUCCAGCCAACCAAGAGACCCGAGGGCCGCACAUAUGCUGACUAUGAAUCGGUGAAUGAAUGCAUGGAAGGUGUUUGCAAAAUGUAUGAAGAGCAUCUGAAGAGGAUGAAUCCAAACAGUCCCUCCAUCACUUAUGACAUUAGUCAGUUGUUUGACUUUAUUGACGACUUGGCAGAUCUGAGCUGUCUUGUGUACAGAGCUGACACUCAAACGUACCAACCAUACAACAAAGACUGGAUCAAAGAGAAGAUUUAUGUCCUGUUGCGGCGUCAAGCUCAGCAAGCAGCAAAGUAAAGGCAUCAGUGAAGAGAUGUCCUGCUACACUCAUUUUGAAAGGGUUUACUGUACAUUGGGGAAAGGAGGGGUUUGAAAAAUGGUUGACGUCAGAAGUCUUCGGCUUUAUAUAGAGAUGAAGUCGUACUCGGCAGCAUAUAUAUGUUAUUUAAUUUGUUAUACUUUGAUGAGAGUGGGGCUAAUGGCUGCAAGGACUAACUUAUUGAUGAGAGGGAUCCUGCAUGGAAAAAUUCUUGCCAGUCUGGAUAAAACCAAAUUUUUAUUUGUCAAACAUUUAAUAGUGUGAUUUCAAUUUUCUUAAAGGUUAUAUGAUCUUUUUACUGAACAUGCUGUUUUGAAUGUAGGCAGUUUAUUUAUGACUGAGAUAAAUGCCUGCAGACUGACUGACCCACCAAUUUAACUAAUUACAGAAGAUUUUUUUCAUAUCUCAUCUGUUACUGCUAUUGUUCCUAUAGUUGUGAUGUAAAAUGCUGUUUUUGUAUACAUUUUGUUUUGCGUAGAAUUUGAUUUCAGCUAUCCUUGAUCCUGUUUUCUUUGAUUUAAGUAAAAUAAAGUAUUUUUUUCUGA